GGCACACCUCUUGUCCAUCAGGGCAAAUCCUCUGUACACAGGUAGGAUGCUCAGAAAACAUACAGCUGCAUUGUGGAGCAACUAGCAUUGAAAGGCUGCUGCAAGGACAUUUUGGACCCAUGGGCAGGCACCUGGCUCACAGAAUGGACCAAGCUGCAUAUUAGAGCUGCCUGCUCACUCUCCAAGCAAUCACUCACCUAGCGUUUGCCUGCAUGCCAGCAACCUCCCUCCCAUGGUGAUUAAGAAGGCUGCAAGCACAGCCAGUAUUAAUAGCAGCGAGAUCACCACCAGAAGGAAUGAGAGAGAAAGCAGGGCCAUUUAUAAAGGUGAACUGCCUGUGUGGAAGAUCAAAAACUAAGGAGCGUGCAUUCUUCAAAGACCAGACUCUCUUCUGAAAAAAGACCACAUCAGCUGGACUGAGGGAAAAAAUAGUCUCCAGAGCUGAAAGUAAACGAAGAAGGGAAUUCCUUUCCUAACCCCGGAAGGACAAGAGGUCUUGAGUGAGACAAAAUGUCACAGUCAAGACUUGCCUUUGGAUUGAUUGUGUUGGGGCUUGUUGCUUUUGUGAGUCCCGGGUUAGCUGUCCUUUCUCAGCGAUUGAAAGGCCGAUUUCAACGAGAUCGCAGGAAUAUUAGACCAAACAUCAUCCUCAUUUACACCGAUGACCAGGAUGUCGAACUUGGAUCUUUGGAAGUAAUGAACAAGACCAGGAAGAUAAUGGAGCAAGGAGGAGCCCACUUCACAAAUGCAUUUGUGACAACACCCAUGUGCUGCCCUUCAAGAUCAUCCAUGCUGACAGGGAAAUACGUCCACAACCAUAAUACCUACACAAACAAUGAGAACUGUUCAUCUUCCUCCUGGCAGGCCACACAUGAACAGCGGACAUUUGCUGUGUAUCUGAACAGCACUGGUUAUAGGACAGCUUUCUUUGGAAAGUAUCUGAAUGAGUACAAUGGCAGCUACAUUCCACCUGGUUGGCGUGAGUGGGUUGGAUUAGUAAAGAAUUCUCGGUUUUACAAUUACACACUCAAUAGAAAUGGUGUAAAGGAGAAGCAUGGAUUUGACUACUCAAAGGAUUACCUGACAGACUUGAUGACAAAUGACAGCAUCAAUUACUUUAAAUUAUCCAAGAAGAUUUACCCACACAGACCAGUUAUGCUGCUGAUCAGCCAUGCUGCACCCCAUGGCCCUGAGGACUCAGCUCCGCAAUUUUCCAACCUCUUCCCUAAUGCUUCCCAGCACAUUACCCCCAGCUAUAAUUAUGCACCCAAUCCAGACAAGCACUGGAUCAUGAGAUAUACUGGUCCAAUGAAACCUAUCCACAUGGAAUUCACUAAUAUGCUACAGAGGAAGCGCCUGCAGACUUUAAUGUCAGUGGAUGAAUCGAUGGAAAAGCUCUAUAACAUGCUUGUUGAAACAGGAGAAGUGGACAAUACAUAUAUCAUUUACACAGCAGACCAUGGCUAUCACAUCGGACAGUUCGGGCUAGUGAAAGGAAAAUCGAUGCCCUAUGAGAUUGAUAUCCGAGUGCCAUUUUUCAUGCGGGGUCCCAAUGUGGAACCAGGAUCAAUAAUUCCUCAACUUGUUCUAAAUAUAGACCUUGCCCCAACAAUUUUAGACAUUGCCGGUCUGGACAUUCCAGCUGACAUGGAUGGUAAAUCCAUUCUAAAGCUUUUAGACACCGAGAAACCAGUCAACAGGUUCAAUUCAAACAAGAAAACAAAGAUCUGGCGAGAUUCUUUUCUUGUGGAAAGAGGUAAACUGUUGCACAAGAGGGAUGAACGUAAGAACAGCCAAGAGGAAAAUUUCCUACCUAAGCAUGAAAGAGUGAAAGAUCUUUGCCAGAAGGCAGAAUACCAGACACCUUGUGAGCAGUUUGGUCAGAAAUGGCAAUGUGUAGAAGAUUCCACUGGAAAGCUUCGGCUUCAUAAGUGCAAAGGAAUGGCUAUUACAGCAGUCUCUGAGAAAAGGAGGUCUAACCGCUUCCAGUCCAAGUACUACAACACUGAUGGAGGAGACUGUGAUUGUGAAGAAAAUGGAUCCAAAAUUAAUGCAGCAGCUCGACAGAAGCAGACCCUUUUGUCCAAGCGAAAAUUUAAGCAAAGCCACAUACGGAAUAGGUCAAUCCGUUCAGUGUCCAUUGAACUCGAAGGAGAAGUCUAUGAUCUGGAUCUGGAUGAAGGAUUUGAUCCAGUUGUGCAAAAGAAUGUUACUGAACGACAUGGUGUAGUUGAUGAGGAAGAUGAAAAUAUGGGUGAAAGUAGUGGCACUGACAACAGCAAUGAAUUAAUUGUGCCCAGCUCUAUUAAAGUCACACACAAGUGCUACAUAUUGGCCAAUGAGACUGUUCAAUGUGACAAAGAUUUGUACAAAUCACUUCAAGCGUGGAAGGAUCAUAAGUUACACAUUGAUCAUGAGAUUGAAACACUUCAAACUAAAAUAAAGAAUUUACGAGAGGUCAGGGGUCACUUGAAGAAAAAAAGACCUGAAGAAUGUGACUGUUCAAGGAUGAGCUUUCCCUCUAAACAUAAGGGAAUGAAAGGAAAGCUCAAGCACAAAGGAGCUAGUCACCCCUUCAAGAAAGGAAGCCAAGAUAAAAAUGAAAAUGCUUGGAUGUUUAAGGAUGAGAGAAAAAGGAAGAAGCUGCGAAAAAUGCUGAAAAGGCUACGAAAUAAUGAUACAUGCAGUAUGCCUGGCCUCACUUGUUUCACACAUGACAAUCAGCACUGGCAGACACCCCCAUAUUGGACAUUGGGACCAUUCUGUGCUUGUACCAGUGCGAAUAACAACACUUACUGGUGUUUGAGGACCUACAAUGAGACCCACAAUUUCCUGUUCUGUGAGUUUGCCACUGGUUUCUUGGAGUACUUUGACCUCAACACAGAUCCUUACCAGCUGAUGAAUGCAGUGAAUACAUUAGAUCGAGAUGUUUUGAACCAGUUACAUGUUCAACUUAUGGAAUUACGAACCUGCCGUGGCUUUAAACAGUGUAACCCCCGGACCAGGAAUAUGAACACAGGAGGAAAAGAUGAAGAAAACUUUAAUCAGUACAGGCAAUAUCAGCGUCGGAAAUGGCCCAAAACGAAGAGACCAAACACCAAGUCCCUAGGACAACUUUGGGAAGGCUGGGAAGGCUAGACUCCUGAAAAAGGCUGACUCCUUCAGCAUCAACUGGCAACAACUUGAAACUUUAUACAGACAGGGUGAAAACCUAUACCUUUAUCAACUGAAUUUCAAUUUUAGCCUUGAAGACUGAAUAAACUAAGGGGCUGAUGUAGAUAGAAUGUUUGCACUGUUGGGAAAUUUUAAUAGAUCAGUAAACUAUCGAGGAUCACUUAUGUAAGUGACGGUGGAAUGCCUCUUCCACUGGUUGCUAGACUAUCUGCUGUAACUCAAAGUAAUGCCUCACUUUGUUCACAAGCCAUCAUUUUGGAGCACAGCUCUCUUGAAUUAUAGGAACUGGCUGAUUCUACAGAAGCAAAGGAAGAAGGUGGUGUUUUUUUUUUGAUAAAGCACCUUGAUUUCAAGAUGUUUCCAUUACCAAUGCAGCUAUAAACUUGUUGAUAAAGAAUCCAUGCAAGAAUCAACCACUCCCAAUGAUUUUGGAAAAUAAAGUGAGGUGAAAGAAAGUUUAAGAGACUGGAACAGAGGUCAAAAUCAAUGCAAGGGAAAUAAAUGUAUAAGCAUGCAAAUGGAAGGAUUGAAUUGAUUGGUGAAGACCUUCUAGAAAAAGAAUUUGUUUGAAGUGAAAAAGAAGUGAAUAUUCAAAUUGUUAAUAAUGGUUUUAUCAACUGUCAGCCCCAUUUUGAGGAAUCUGCUUGGUUUGAGUACUUACAUGUCUGUCAGCCUCUGCCAUCAUUAUUUCUAGACAGCUUUGAGAUGCACAGGUUAAGAAAGACCAGCUUCUGUACAAUACUUAGAAUUCUAUCUUGUAAAUACUUACAACUUUUAUGCCCAUCAAUGAAGUUAUUAGAGUGAUUUAGAAUUUGAUUCGAUGCAAACAGGAAUGCCCAGCUACAUACGGUAAUAUCAGGAAAAAAGUCAUCUUUAAAACUUCACCAUUUGAUUCACCAAUUAUUGAUGCAUUUUAAAACCCUUUUUCAUGCUGAUUUGUUCAAUUUCAUGAAUUCAGCUGGCAGAUUGAUUGAGACUGUUUUAAAACUCACUGAAAUCAGGUUCUGAAGUUACCUUUCUAAAGUUGUCUUAAUUUCAGCACAACAAAAUGAGUUUAAAUAAGUCUUUAAUUGAGUAGUAAAAUAAUUUGCAUCUGUUCCAAAGAUGCAACCUUCUAUACUGACAUUUCUGAUGUUUUGCUUUUUCCUCAAUCAAAGAUUUCCUGCAAUUUCCCAUGCCCACCCCCACCCCUCCAUCCCACAACCAGGAUUGAUAGAACCCUCCAGCAUGUCCUUUGUGUUUUAAACAAUUUUGUUUUUCAAUCCUUCCCUUCCCUUCGAGGGCUUCUCUUAUUUUCACCUUUAAGCCAAGCAGCUGUCAUUUUCACUGGACCAUUCUCUGCCCCUUCCGUUACUUCAAUCCUGCUGCCACAGCCAAAAGCCUCUCCUCCUCCCCUUUUAGCAAUCCAAAGAAGCAGUUUCUUCUGUGAUGUCCUAGUUCAAUCCUCAGUCAUAGCCAAACACUGCUGCCCUUCGCACAAGCACAGGAGAUGCAACAAUUGCCUUUUUACCCCUAAUUUUCUCAAUGUUUAAGGCCUUGAGUUCUCUUUCCGGAUUAAAUAGUAUUUUACGUGAGCUUUCAGUGAGGUAUAUUGAAUUCACUGUCCUCCACAUGGGAAAUCCAAGCUAAGAAUGGGUGACUACUUUGUGCAGACACAUGCAUUCAGCUCAUAAGCUUGGCCUGGACCUUGCAGCCUCCUGCUGUUUACAUUCUCCAUCUUGCUUCCAAUCUGACCAACCUGUUGUUGGCUUCCUGCACUGUUCCAGUGAAGCUCAGUACAAUGUCACCAAUUCAUUUUUCAAUCAAGCAGUUUAAUAUCUUUUGGGAUCGACAAACCAUUACAAUUAUUCUCCUAUCCAGCCUCCCUCCUUUUUCCUGUUCAAAGCAUUUUUAUAUUUCUAACAUUUACCAGUUCUGAUGAAAAGUCACAGACAUGAAAAAUUAACUCUGAUUUCUCCACAGAUUUGCCAGGCUGGCAGACUAUGUUCUGCAUAGUCUGCUCUUAUUUCAGACUUCCACCUCUGCAGUAUUUAUGUUUGAGAUUUGCAGCUUAAUCUGAGAUAAAUAUCAGGUCAGUAAGAGAUUUGGUCAGGAUAAAUAUAAUGGUCCAUCUGCCAAAAAAAAUGCUCUAAUGGUGAAGAAAAUAAAAUCUAUUCCAGAAAGCUAACCAGAAGUUUGGUUUUAAUGAUUCUGUCUGAACUGAAACAUAAUGCUAUUUUUGACCUGUUUUUACAACUUACUUACUUCAAAGUAAGAUACUUGAUUCUUUAUGAAGAACAUCUUCUGAUAUGUAUUGUAUGAGGAAAUGUAUUAUUCCUAUUGGCUGAUCAGUCCAGAUUGUAAAGAGUUAUUUUCUUUUUAUCAUGUACCUAGUUAGUAGAUGUGCACUAAUGGUAAAGAUGUUUGAGAUUUUUAAAAAUAAGUCAUUCAAAUAGUUUCUACGGGGAUACGUUAUAAAUAAAUGAUUUGAGUAAAUUGAAUAAUCUCUGCUCCAAUCUAUAACAUGACCUUUCAAAGAGCAAGAGCAAGAGUGAAGUGUGGAGCUAAAAUAUUGUAGCUCCCCAACCCACAGUGCCUAUCUGUGUUGGUCCCUGUUGGAACAGGAAUUACUGAAUUUACCCUACAAUAUAUUACAAACAUUUAUCUUGACAUUUUUAAUGGAUGCAAAAUGAUUUUUGAGGAGGUUUGUUGCAAAUUAAUUGUUGUCAUUACAAAUGUCUGUCUAACUAAGCCUGAGUAUUAAUGUUAUAUUAAUUCUUACAAAUAUUUCAGCCAAGAAUUGAGUAUUUGAUUUGUAACAGUAAUUUUCCUGCAGUAGUGUUAAAACUGACUAUCACUUUGGCACUGAUGAAAUCAAAUCCUAUUACACGUCAGCUACAAGACAGAAUACUUUGUUAAAGAUGUUAUUAAAACUUUACUGUGUUCAAGAAAUAUUUGUCUAUAGCCUUUAAGCAUUCAAGUCUUAAAAUGUAUUUCUGUUCACAGUAUUCCAGUACUUUUGUUUGUCAAAUCUGUGUAUUUGUAUAGUGUUCAGUGCAACUAAAAUUAAGGACAAAUUCUA